AUGGAUAAAUAUAAUGAAAAUAAGAAUUAUAUGAAUUUGAAUUUCCUAAAUUCUAACAGUAGUGAUGAAAGUAUUAAUGUUACAAAUAUAAAAAAAACUUUCAAUGAAUUCAAAUAUGAUAAAGUUGUAAAUAAUGUUUUAUCCUUAUUUAAAAAAAAUAAUAAACAAAGAUUUAAGUCUACAUCUUCUGCUUUAAGGAAUGAUAUUCAUGAACAAAAUUUAACAUCUCGUAUAUUUUUAGAUUUAUGUGAAGAUAGAGAAAUAUUAUUACAUAAAGUAUUAAAAAAAGUAAAUAUUUUAAAUUUAAUUUAUUUUCGUUUUUUAAAAGAUGAUGAUAUUGAAGAUGUUUUUGAUUUACACAGGGAGUUAUUUCCUGUGAAAUAUCAUGCAGAUUUUUAUUUUAGUAUAUGUAAUUUUGAUGAUAAUAAACUAGUAGAUGAUGAUAUUAUAAGAAUUACUGAGAAAAUUACAAAUUUAUCAAGAAAUAAUAUAAAUAAUAAAAAAUAUGAUUACAAUAAAGUUAAUGACAAUAUUCCCUUUAAGAUGAAUAAUAGUAAUUUAAAUAAUAAUGAUACCAUCAAUGAAAAUAACAAAAUGAAUAACGAAGAUAUUGUAAAUUCAAAUAAUGAUUUAUUUAAAAUAAAUUUAAAGAAAAAUGAUGAAAUAAAAUUAAACGAUAAAAAUUAUGGCAAUAAUCAAAUUACUAAUGAAAAAUUAACAUCAGAAAAUUUUGAUUCAAUAAAUACUCCUUUAAAUAUUAAUAAUAACAACAAAAAAAAAAUAAAUAAAAAAUGGAAAGAGGAACAAAUAUUUUCAGUAGGUGCUUUUUUACCAUUUUCAUUUAUUGAUUAUAUUAAUAGUGAUUAUAUCAGCAAAUUGUUGAAAAAUAAAGGCAUAGAGAAAGUUAGCGAAAAAGAGAUUUUGUUAGAUUAUAUAAAAUUUAUUAAUAAUAAUAGCAAUUGCUAUAACUCUGUUAAUAGUAUUAAUAUAAAUUCAUUUAAUUACUCAGAUCAAAUAUAUAAAAUGUAUACAAAUUGUAACUCUGAAAAUUUAAAGAAGGAUGAAAUAAACAAUAGUGAUAAUGUACCAAAAACAAAAUGGGAAGAUAAAGAAAAUUUAAAUGAUAAUAGUAAAAAUAAUGAAAAGUUUAUUAAUUUAAAUCAUUUUGAGGAUACAAAUGUUAAUUUCCAUUUUAGCACGAAUAAUGGAGAAUACAGUAAUAAUGUGAAGGGAGAUGAUGAAAAUAUAAAUGAUAAAAAUUUCAUAAAUAAAGAUAAUUUACACAUAUGUAAUAGUAAUAAUCAUAAUAACAUAAAUAAUGAUAUAGAUAUAGAUAAAAAUAAUAAUAAUAAUAAUAACAUAGAUAGUGAUAUAGAUAAAAAUAAUUAUAAGAAAGAAGACAAUGUCAAUAAAUGUAAAUCAUUUGAAAUUGAUACAAAUAAUGUUAUGAAAAAUAAUUAUAACAACAAUAAUAAUAAUAGUAAUUCAUUAAUUUAUGAUGAAAAAUUAAUUACUUUGUCUAAUUCAAAAGAAAUAAAUAUUGAUAUUGAUAGCAGUAAUAAUAGUAACAAAAAUCAUGAGAAAAAUCUAGAUAAUUCUAACAAUGUUUACAUCUUCAAUAACACAAAAAAUGAAAAAAAUAAUGAAUAUGCUGAGAAUAAUUUUGUAGAUAAAUGUUUUAAAAAUAAUGUUAAAGGAAAAAUAUGUUUAAGCAAAGAAACGAUAAAUUUAUAUAAUUUGAAUAAAAAAAAAAUAAAAAAAGAUUAUUUAAUUGGAAGCAUAUCAGCAUUGAUUAAUUAUCAGGAAAAUAUAAAAGAAAAAGAUUUUAGCAAUAUAUAUAAUUUUUUUAAAAGAAAAUCAAAUAAUUAUAAGAAAAGAAAAAAUUAUUUAAAAUAUGUAUAUGAUUCUUCUAAAAAUUUUUUAGGAAGUUAUUUCCCAGUAGAGAAAAAUAGUGAUAAUAAUGAAAAAGAGAGAAAAAUAGAAAUAUCGAAUAAAAUAAAACAAAAAGACAAACAAUUAAAAGAUCUGAAAGAUGAAUUAAAUGAUAAUAAUCAGAAAAAUAAUGUAUCAACUGAAAUGAGACAAAAAAAAUGCAACAAUUAUAAUUUAAUGAAAAUGGAUCCACUAAUAAACACUAGUAACAUAUUAAAUGAUUUAAUUAUUUUGAAAAAACAAAGUAUAAACAAGGACUUAAAUUUUGAAAAAAAGAUAUAUGAAGAAAUUUAUAUGAAUAAAGGCAUUAAAGAAAUGACAAAAAAAUAUAUAAAAAAAAAAAUAAAUAGUGUUUAUAUUUUAACAGUAGGAAUAAAUGAAUAUUUUAGGGGAUUAUGUUUAGCUUCUUUUCUCAUUGAAUAUACAUUGUUUUUUUUUUAUUUUAUUGUAUAUAGAAUAUUUCUUUAUAACAGAAGAUUUUAUUGCUACGUUGAUAAUAAAUCAUUUUAUAGUAUAUCUUGCAAUUUAAAAGAUGAACAUAAUGGAACAUAUGAUGAAGGUUUAAUAAGUGAUAGCUUUUCAGAUAAUUUAGAAUCCUUUUUAAGUGAUAAAAAUUCUGACUAUGACAAAGAAAAUAAUCAUAUUGAUGAAAAUAAAAAAAAAGAAGAGGAAAAUUUUAAUUAUAGUGAAACAUUAGAAAAAAGUUUUAAACAUGGAAAAAAUAAUGGCGGUAAUAAAUAUAAAAAAAUUGAUGAAUAUAGAAAAGGAGAGAUAAUUAAUGAAAUUGAGAGAAAUGAAAAAAAUUCUGAAUGUACUAAAACUGAUGAAAGUGAUAAUUUGACAAAGGAAGAAAGAAAAAUGGAAAAUGAAAUAUGUAAAAAAAUAAUUUGUAAUAGUGAUGAUGACAAUUACAAAUUAAAGUAUAAAAAGUGUUCAUUAAAUAUAGAUAAUUUAAAUAGAAUUAAUGCUUUUACUGAUUACAAAAACGUUAAUAAAUUUAAUACGAUGAAUAACAACUUGCAAUCACCAAAAUUAAGUAAUAGUAAAGAAAGAAAAAAAAAUUACAGUAUUUGCAAUAGUAUAAUAAGGCACUGCUAUAAAAAAAUUAUAUCAAAUGACUAUUUACAUCAUUUAUAUGAUAUAAUUCAUAAUAGAAAUUUGGAAAAUAAGAAAGGAGAGAAAAUAAAGAAAAAAGGUAGUUAUUUUCACCCUUUUAAUUUUCCUUUAUUUAAAAAUCCUGUAUAUGGUAUUAGUGUAAAUAAUAAAAUAUUAAAUUUUUUUUUUAACAACUUUUCUGCUCACCAUUUAAAAAAUAGAUCAUUCUUCCAUUUUACAAAUGAAAACAAUACGAAAUCAUCUUUACAACAGGAUGAUGGAAAUAUUAGACUUCCUUUAUAUAUGUAUUUACAUGUAAUAUAUUAUAAUAAAGCAGCUAUAAAUUUAUAUAAUAAAUUAAAUUUUGAUUAUAUUUGUACAUAUGAUAAUUUUUAUGAUAUAAACAAAAUAUCUUUUUCUUCUUAUUUGUACGCUUAUUUUUUUUAA